GCUAGUAGAAUGUGUGAUGAAAGGAACAAAAAUAAACAAACAAACGUAUAGGUAUUGUAUGAAUCUUGUACUGAAUUUAAGUUUACAGCACUAAAAUAUAACAGAUACAGGUGAGAUUUUAAUACUUAAAGUCAGACAUGGGAAAGAAUAUAUCAGUAUAUUAUAUGCUAUAAUUUGACUUUUACUGGGCAUUUUUGAUACUUGACAAAUUUAGAGACUGUAUAGGAGUGUAUAACACCCCUAACAUAAUCCCCCCUCAAAUUUAUUUGUUCACUGUCAAAAACUUUAGUUAGUUCUUCUAUAACAUUCGUUAAAGAUUGUUAUGUUGAUUGUAGUUACUCAUUUAUUUUUUAGGUCCAGUUAAGAACUUGACUAUUUAAAUUUAAUACCAUUAGCAUCACAACUUCCUAGACUUAUUAUUGUAAAUAUCAGUUUAAUCGUCAUUUUGUGUCAAAAUGAAAAGCAUUGCAGCACCGAUCACUUGAUUUCCAAAUCUAUACCAUACAUGCCACGUAAAACUGAUACUCCGUAGAGAAAUCUGUGUGUUAGCCUUUGAACAUCGGCUACAGUAUGCAUGCAGGAAACUAGAGCAAAGACUGUAAGAGCAGUCCUCAAAAGGUGACCUUGUUCAGUGAGCCUCGACCAUUGAAAGGUUAAUUGCUAAACUGGAUUAUAACUUCUUAAGAGCAGAGAUUCCCAAUCACGUCCAAGCGGAACCAAGUGAUCGCCAGCACCUCAAAGAGUUUCUACAUGGCCACACUUAGAAUUAAAAGAUGUGUGACUAAUGUAUAUUUUAUACAAAACUACAUAAAUGAGUCCAGGAAAAUGCUGGACACACACUUAGCAUUAAUACUUCACUCCUUUCCUCUGCAUUGUAAAGAAAAACACCUUAUUUUUAUCUGUUAUUUACUAAGUUUUAAGUGCUAACAGAGUGUUUUUUAAAGGAUUUUAAUGGACCAGUUUUCAAAUACGUUUGCAACGUAGAAACUGCCCGAGUUACAAAGUCUCUGACUGGUUGAGCAUCUGACACUUUCCAAUCAUUGCUCACGACACUACAGUGCUUACGCUUCAAUCCAACCUAGAGUUCAGCAUUUGAUCAGCAAGUCAACCGAUUCUCGAGUGUGCUGGAACAGUGCAUCCAGACUUACGAUAGCUAAGAAAGUACUGCUAUCGUGUUCCAAUAAUGUUACGUCAGCGACGACGCAAAAUACCUAGAACGCCAAUGAAAUCGGUCGCGUGUUAGGCACUUUGUUUCCAAAUGCGACAUGACUGGAGAACUAGAGUCCGAGGUAAAACCUCACUCGCUGACACGAUGCAUGGGCUAGGGGACAACUCGAUCAAGAGGAUCACGGGGUCUUUCAGAUGGAGGCUUUUGUGUAGAUGUGGUUUAUGACUUUACCACAAAAGGUCACACUUCGGUGCUCUGGAAUGCUGAGAGAGGUCAUGACCCCAGGAACAGGUGUGAACCAUGAAGCAAACACUAAUAGCCUCAAAGACAACAGCUGGGAGGUGAAGGCUAUGCAGUAAGGGGGGACACUGAAUCAUGUCAAACAACCUAAAAAUUGCACAUUUUUUCCUCAAAUUAAAGGACCUAGUCUAUUGUCACUUAUAGUGUGCAUUUAAAAGGAGUUAGGCAAAGUCUUUGAUAUCUCUUGACUCAACCUUAAACCUCAAAUCUGUUUUUGAUGUCCAACCACUCUCGAUUUGAAUGCAACACAAAGCAUUUGUCAUAUUUGUUUAGCAUUGAUUAAAGUAAUCGAUAAUGAAACCCAGAAAAGCAAACAGUGUAAUUUCAUCACAGUGGAAGCAGCCAGACGCGCUCCAGCUCCAUCUAGCGGUGAUGUCAUUAUUCAGCGCUUAAGUGGAUUGUGCCAGUCUGCCGACUAGUGACGUCUGUGUACACUGUGUCCUCGAGCACAAGGUCAUAUGUUUCCGCACACGAAAGUUGAGACAUCCGAGCAUGUGGCCCAGUUAAAGCUCCUGUAGUGUGGCAACAAUGCAAUAACACUACAAUAAUGCAAACAUAAGAAAUAUAAAUGUUGCAGGUAUAGAACAGUCCCAUUGAUGUUCUGUUGUUAUCAACCUGCACUUUUAUUAAAGUAUAUGGUGCAAUAAAACCAUAUGUUGACAUAUAGAACCCACUACGCUAAUCUAGAGAACCUAUAAUUAAACAUCAAGAAAAAACAACAAAGCCCACAACCCUUGAUGAGAAACAAUAUUAAUAAGACUAGAAUAAUAACCUAAAUUAACCCACAGAUCAUUCUGGAUUUGUGUUGUUAAAAUCCCAUUACUGUGCACUCACACGAUAUACAUUCAUCCACAGAUGAAGUCAUAGAAACGUAUUCCAAGGUAAGGUGUAUCUACCAGAAUAAAUAGGGUGUUUCUCCUGUUUGCAUUGUAGUCUUAUUCCAGCACUUCACAGUGGGCUGGAGGUAAGCUUUUAGCACAGGAUUAUAGUACCUCACCCACUGAGUCGGAUUACACCUGUUUCCUGGACAGCUGUUAAAGAUGUGUCAUCUGUCAUUCAUAAUAUAUUAAGUGUUUGACAGUGGCGUUCCAGGAAUACAAUGGAACUACUGACUUUUGAGUUUAAUAUGGUAGCACAGGAGUUUCAACCUUUACAGACCCUGAAACCCACCACUUUACAUUCUUAGCCAACCCAAGAACUCUUAAAAUAUAACAAAAGCGGGGUUUCACUUCAUUUUUGCUUUACAUAAUGUUUAGAGAUUUUUAGUGAGAAAUUAUAUUAUUCAUAUGUAGAUAACACCUGGUUGCAAUUUACAACAGUAUACAGUAUGAUCAAAAUGUCCGAGGCUUCUGUUUUAGACUAGUUCUCAAAUAAAUACACCAAUGUAAUCUUGUUUAGUGUCCAAAGCUGACGUAAUCACAUGCUAGAAGCAUUUGAAAUCUUUUAAUAUGUCUGUGUUGAUUUUAACUUUAAACCCAAUGGUAGACACACCCAGGUGGCUAAUAUAUGGUAAAUAUAUAAAAUAGGCUUCCACUCAGUUCCCUCGCAGUUCUACACUCGGUGAGAAACUAUUUUUAAGACACACUGAGGGAAAAUGGAGCGUUUACUUCUAUUGUCCAUCUUGAAUGUUCUGCUAAAUCUGUCUCGAGCCGUUCCUGCUACGGUGUUGCCCACUGAUCAAGAUGUUGAAUCUCAACCUGAUGAAAGGGAUGUUUCCUCAAGAAUUCUGGAAGCAAACAAAGAGAUUAGUGAAAUGUUGCUGGAGGGAGAUGUGGCUUUGCCUAGAACAAGGAAUGCCAUGAAAUGCUUAAGUAGCUACUGCAAAUGGCCAAAAUCUUCAUCUGGACGGGUUGAAGUGCCUUACACCAUUGCUGACUUCUUCUAUACUGAAGAGAAGGCAGUUAUUGUAAGUGCGAUGAAGAGCAUUGCUGAAAAAACGUGCAUUAGUUUCGUGCCGCGAACAAAUCAAGUCGAAUACAUCAGUAUUGAGAGUCUAGUAGGGUGCUGGUCUAACGUAGGACCAUCUGGAGGUAAACAGCAACUGUCUCUGUCAGUGGAGGGUUGUGUUUAUUACGGGAUCGUUGAACACGAGCUCCUCCACGCUCUUGGUUUCCACCAUGAGCACACCAGGAGCGACAGGGACCAGUAUGUCCGCAUCAACUGGGAAAACAUUCCACAAGCAUCCGCAAACAACUUUGAGAAGAAGGACACAAAUAAUCUGAAAACCCCUUAUGACUACAAUUCCAUCAUGCAUUACGGAAGGACUUCCUUCAGCUUACAGUAUGGGAAGGAAACCAUCACUCCUAUUCCUGACCCAUCAGUGAAGAUCGGACAGAGGCAGGAAAUGUCUAACAUUGACAUUCAGAGGAUCAACAAGCUCUAUGAAUGUGCUCUGUGAAGUGGAUUCAACCCUAAUUGAAAUACUGACUGUUGCAGAACAAACAGAGUUACUACUGUUCUGUUUAAUGAAAACAUCUUUAUUCCUUUUUUGUCUGUAACUUAAUUGUGUGCUGCAUUUCAAUAAACCUUCUAAAAAAACCGCAAUUGAUAAGAAUGUGUUUUCUUUGUUAGUUCCUAGCAUGUAUUGAAGUCUUGUGGGAUUUAAAGUAACAGUUUGACCAAAUCUCAGUCAGCAAGCAAGUAUGAAAAAGGACUGAAGCUUUUGAGCUUUAAAAAUGAUUAUACGAAAGUGGUUCA